ACGCCCACUUGCUGGCCUAUAAAAGAGGCGGGCGAGCCCCGGCACCGUGUGCACCUUGGGGCCUCUCUCCUCCUCUUGAGCCCUCUCGCUUGUGCCUGCUGCCCACUGCCGCCACCAUGACCACCACCGUCCGCCAGUUCACCUCCUCCAGCUCCAUCAAGGGCUCCUCCGGCCUGGGGGGUGGCUCAUCCCGCACCUCCUGCCGGCUGUCUGGCGGCCUGGGCGCCGGCUCUUGCAGGCUGGGCUCUGCCAGCGGCCUGGGCAGUGCCCUCGGGGGCAGCGGCUACUCCAGCUGCUACAGCUUCGGCUCUGGUGGUGGCUAUGGCAGCAGCUUUGGGGGAGCUGACGGGCUGCUGGCGGGCAAUGAGAAGGCCACCAUGCAGAACCUCAACGACCGCCUGGCCUCCUACCUGGACAAGGUGCGCGCCCUAGAGGAGGCCAACACCGAGCUGGAGGUGAAGAUCCGAGACUGGUACAAGAAGCAGGCGCCAGGGCCUGCCCGGGACUACAGCCAGUACUAUAAGACCAUCGAGGACCUGCAGAACAAGAUCCUCACGGCCUCCGUGGACAAUGCCAACAUCGUGCUGCAGAUCGACAAUGCCCGUCUGGCUGCUGAUGACUUCCGCACCAAGUUUGAGACGGAGCAGGCCCUGCGUCUGAGCGUGGAGGCCGACAUCAAUGGCCUGCGCCGGGUGCUGGACGAGCUGACCCUGGCCAGAGCCGACCUGGAGAUGCAGAUCGAGAACCUCAAGGAGGAGCUGCUCUACCUCCGGAAGAACCACGAGGAGGAGAUGAACGCCCUGCGAGGCCAGGUGGGUGGUGAGAUCAACGUGGAGAUGGAUGCUGCCCCCGGCGUGGACCUGAGCCGCAUCCUGUCCGAGAUGCGUGACCAGUACGAGAAGAUGGCAGAAAAGAACCGCAAGGACGCUGAGGACUGGUUCUUCAGCAAGACAGAGGAGCUGAACCGCGAGGUGGCCACCAACAGUGAGCUGGUGCAGAGUGGCAAGAGCGAGAUCUCUGAGCUCCGGCGCACGGUGCAGGCCUUGGAGAUUGAGCUGCAGUCCCAGCUCAGCAUGAAAGCAUCCCUGGAGGGCAGCCUGGCAGAGACAGAGAAUCGCUACUGCGUGCAGCUGUCCCAGAUCCAGGGGCUGAUCGGCAGCGUGGAGGAGCAGCUGGCGCAGCUGCGCUGCGAGAUGGAGCAGCAGAACCAGGAGUACAAGAUCCUGCUGGACGUGAAGACGCGGCUGGAGCAGGAGAUCGCCACCUACCGCCGCCUGCUGGAGGGCGAGGACGCCCACCUGACUCAAUACAAGCCAAAAGAACCCGUGACCACCCGCCAGGUGCGCACCAUUGUGGAAGAGGUCCAGGACGGCAGGGUCAUCUCCUCACGGGAGGAGGUCCACCAGAGCCCCCGCUAGGGACUUGGCUCCUCCUGGCCAGCCCCCCAGGAGGCAGGGAGGCAGCCGCCCCAUCUGCCCUGCAGCCUCCAGCCUCUCCAGCCCCAGCCCCUGCUUUGGUCCUUUCCUUAUGCUCCCCUCCCUCGCACCAAUAAAGCUUGUUGACUCA